AUGAGCUCAGAAGCGUUUAUCCGUUUAUGUGAAGUCCUUGAGAAAAAGUAUGGGUUACAAGAGUCGCUUAAUAUUAAAGUCGAUGAGAGUGUUGCAAUUUUUCUUGUUCUCUGUGGUCAAAAUGACACUCAACAUGACAUCGGUUUAAGAUUCGGUCAUGCCCAGGAGACUAUAGGUAGAAAGUUUCAUCAUGUUCUGGGGGCAAUGGUAAAAUUGGCAGUUGACUACUUACGACCAAGAACGGCUUCUGAGUUUGAAGCAAUAUCUAAUAGUUUACAAGGAGAUAAACGAUAUUGGCCAUAUUUUAAUGGAUCUAUCGGGGCUCUUGAUGGAUCAACACAUGACUCUAGAGUGCUAGAUACCGCUAUGCGCGAUGAUCCGUUGCUUCCUAGACCUCCUGGAGAAAAAUAUUAUCUCGUAGAUUCUGGUUAUGCAAAUAGACGUGGUUAUUUAGCUCCAUAUCGAAAAGAAAGAAAAGAAGAUGUUGAUUUUGAGGAAGCGACUAUGGAGAACAGUGGUGUGCAUAUGCAUCAAAGUGAGAACGAUUCAGAUGAUGAAAAUGAUGUACGAGGAAAUGAAGAAACAUCAACGGCAGUUUAUAUGAAGAUUGUUCGAGAUCAGAUUGCUACACAACUGUGGUCAGAUAAAAGACUUGGCUCCCGUCGAGUAUAG